AUGGCACCCUACGCACAAGAGCGGCAUGUUGCGGAAUUAGCUGUCUUGAGAGCAGCGUUGGUGACAAAACGUAUGCAAUCUACCGUGAACGAAAUCUCAAAAUAUGACAAUUCGCCUGUCACCAUUGCCGACUUCGCAGCGCAAGCACUUCUGAUCAAAGCGCUCCACGACAGCUUCCCGGACGAUAAGUUUUUGGGAGAGGAAAACGCAGCUGUUUUACGAAGCGAUGAAGCUCUUAGCAGGGAGAUCUACGACUUGGUGCUGUCGGCAGCGGACAUUGCAGAUCUAUCCACCGGAGAAGCAGUGACACUACCAAAGCCACAAUCGGUCGAAGAGAUGUGGGAUUUGAUCGACCUCGGCGGAUGCGGAGUUGGAAGCAAGUCUGAGCGAUUUUGGGUCAUGGACCCUGUUGAUGGGACGGCAGCCUUCCUGAAGGGCCAACAAUACGCUGUUUCUUUGGCUCUGAUCGAAAACGGAAAGGAGGUCGUUGGCGUGCUGGGUUGUCCGAACAUCAGUGCUGACAUGAGCCAAAUUUCCGAGGCAAAUGUUGACACGGGUGGUUUAGGCAUUAUGCUCACCGCUGUACGAAGCUCUGGCGCGACCAUUCGGACAAUGACGCCCAGCGGACUGAGGGACGCCAUUCCUCUAGACAUUUUGACUGCUUCCAGCUUACAUAGGCUACAUAUUGUGGACUGCGCCGCAGCCACGACCCAUCGUCAUGAUGUAAUUGCUCAACUUGCCGACAUUUUCCAGGUGGAGUUUCCCUGCACGGAAGUCUGGUCUUCGCAUAUUCGGUAUGCAGCUCUCAUCGUUGGCGGUGGCGACGUGCAAUUUCUCGUGCCCACCAGUCCCGCAACCAAGAUGUACAUUUGGGACCACGCGGGUGCGCAGCUGAUUUUCACGGAGCUUGGCGGCAAAGUAACGGACCUGGACGGGAAGGAGAUGGAUUUCGGGGCAGGGAGGGAUCUCAGCAAGAAUAGAGGUCUCAUUGCUGCCAAGAGGGACAUCCACCAAACCAUGCUUGCGGAGAUGACGCGAAUUUUAGAGGAGGCACAAGGGUGA